AUCUUUUAUCUGCGGCGGCGGCGGCGGCUCGCGCUUCCCUCCCCUCGCCCCCAUCUCCCCACCCCCUUUCUAAUUUCCCCUCAACACCCCCCCCCAAUACCUUUUCUUCUCUCUCUCCCGCCCUCCUCUCUGUAUCCCCAAACCGGGCUGCAAGCGCGAAGUGUCUUCAUGAACCCCAAGGAUGUCCGGGAAGCAUUAUAAGGGCCCUGAAGUCAGUUGUUGCAUCAAAUAUUUCAUAUUCGGCUUCAAUGUCAUUUUCUGGUUUCUGGGCAUAGCAUUUCUUGGAAUUGGACUUUGGGCAUGGAAUGAAAAAGGAGUGCUGUCCAACAUCUCCUCCAUCACCGACUUGGGAGGUUUCGAUCCAGUCUGGCUCUUCCUCGUGGUAGGAGGAGUGAUGUUCAUUUUGGGGUUUGCAGGAUGCAUUGGAGCCCUGCGAGAGAACACCUUCCUUCUCAAGUUUUUUUCAGUAUUCCUAGGAAUCAUUUUCUUCCUGGAACUUACGGCUGGUGUUCUGGCAUUUGUCUUCAAAGACUGGAUCAAGGACCAGCUGUACUUCUUUAUCAACAACAACAUCCGAGCAUACAGAGAUGACAUUGAUUUGCAAAACCUCAUAGAUUUUACGCAAGAAUAUUGGCAGUGCUGCGGAGCCUUUGGAGCAGAUGACUGGAACCUCAACAUUUAUUUCAACUGCACAGACACCAACGCUAGCCGAGAGCGCUGCGGGGUGCCCUUUUCCUGCUGCACUAAGGAUCCUGCUGAAGAUGUCAUCAAUACUCAGUGCGGCUACGAUGCCAGGCAAAAACCAGAAGUUGACCAGCAGAUUGUUAUCUACACGAAAGGUUGCGUCCCCCAAUUUGAGAAAUGGCUGCAAGAGAACCUCACUAUAGUGGCUGGCAUAUUCAUUGGGAUUGCAUUACUGCAGAUAUUUGGGAUCUGCUUGGCUCAGAACCUGGUUAGCGAUAUAGAAGCUGUCAGAGCCAGCUGGUAAACUCGCCGACACAAGCGGCACGAGACACCGGCCAGCCUCACCUCUCGGAAAGCUCCAGUGUGUCGCGUGGGCGCCAAGUCAUAUGGAAGUGGGUGACAGUGAAGUCUUGAGUUCUCAAAUGGCCGGAAGUGCCUCAGACCGUUGUUUAUUCCAGAGGGAACAGCUCCAGCCACCCGUUCGCCGACGAAAGCUUCCGAAAGCCCCAACCCGAACUUGUGUUGAGCUGCGACUCUCUGGCGCACCCUUGACUUGAGUCUCUGGUGGAUGCUCUUUUCUUCCUUUUUGUGUGGUAAAUGGCCUGUGUCAGUGAGACCUCAAUCGCCGCCUGGUUUACUGGGCCCCACUCUUCAUUCUCCGUGUCACAAGCCUGUCUGCCGCUGCCAAACGUGAGGCAAUUUCUCUCAUCAGUGCACACCAAAAGGAGCGGCGUGCCUUUUCAGCAGACAGGAGUCCUGGCGCUCCCUUCUGGAAGAGAACCUGUCAAAUAGAAAGCCACUUUCCCAGUCCUUGGCUCCUUCACUUACUGGCAGGAAAUGAGGCUCCCCGUGGAAGCUCUGAUUAAGAUCUGCUCUGUAAUGCCCUCUGUUGGGGACCAACCGUGUGUAAUUAUUUUCCAGUCUCUCGCAACCUUGUCCCACAAGGGGGAAGGGGUGAGAUUUGAUGUCUUAAUCAACAGGUUUGAGGGGGAAUGUGCCGCUCUUGUCCUCCUUCACCACUGAGUUGGCAACAUGUAAGAGAGUUGGAGGAUGAAGUCUCGAACCAGCUUUUUAACUAAGAGAAUGGGAGGUGUGGUAAACAUAAGGGGGGGGAAAUACCCUACAGCGUACCAAAUUUCAUGAGUAAAAUGGUGGAAUUUGUGGAAUAGCCUUCAAUCUCCUUUUUGUUCUUGUAUUUGAGGCAGCUGCGCAGGUGUUCAAGGUGGGCCAGCCAUCUCCAGCCGGAUUGCUCGCUUCCCUCCAUUUUUAUUUUUGCAUGUAGUUGCUAUAAUGAUCCUUAGGAGUCUACUCGGUGUGACUUGUCUGGGUAUCUGUGGUUUCUGAGUAGGCUUCCACUUCCAACUUGCAUAUUUAUUAGCGUAGAUGCGGAUGAGAUAAGAGAAUUCACAGCCCUUGUUUUGCAGUGAGAGAAAUGAUUUCACCUCUGUUCAAGUACCUCUGCAGACCGCUUGCAUCUCUUCUUUAAAAUCUCUCCCUCCCUCACGUCUUUUUCUGUGAUUCAAAUAGCAUUAGUUUAUUUAAACAGAAUUUCUAAAGGCUUUAAAGAAAAACAAGUAAUAAUUCACAGCCUCUGUUUUCAGGGCAGGUGAAGACAUUAGGAUUUUGGAAGAAGCACAAUACAAACUCCCUUUAGGACCACGAUCCUAAAUAGGUUAUUUUUUUGUUCUUUUUUCUUUUUGCAUGGGCAUUCAGUUCUUUGUGAAUGUCUUUAGGGCCUGAGUAUAGGUAUUUAUGUUUGAUUUAGAUUUAAGCAUCAAUGAGAAGCGCAAAAGUUGAAGGUGCCUCCUACAAAAGAAUUGACUUUAGCAUCUCUUAUCAAGGAGAUGGUGUUUGACUAAGCCUGUUGCAUCUGGGGUGCGAGUGGGGAGGAAUCUGUUAAACUCUUUUCAUUAUCUGGUAGGGAUAACGUGCAUCUUAAGGUGGCGUGUGGGAAAAGUUAAGUUCCGGAUAACCGCUGUAAUUGUCGUUUUAGACACCUUAAUCGGAAUCGAAUUCAAAACAACCUGCCUCUUUAUACAAACCACCUCUUAGUUUUAGUGGAUGAUUGACAGCCUAAAUUGACCCCUUCCCCCAAAGCUGCCAUUAAAGCAGAGAAUGGGGGUCCCCAUGACUUAUAAGUCCCUGACCAUUAGCCAUGCUGACCAGGCCUGGUGGGCGUUAGGAUGACAACAACCUCAGACUCACAGUCCCUUUAAAAAUAACAAUAUAUUUCCUCAGUAUUACCUCAUUCUUAAGAGACCCAGCGUGGCUGCCUUGACCGAAUAUGGGACACUGGUGGGUCCCCAGCAGCUAUCUGCAGUGGCUCUGCCAGGGGCAUAUAUAAAAUCUAUUCUCAUUGUCUCACAGUCCAGUGAGCCUCCAUUACCUCCUAAGCUUUGUUUGGGCUGCUGCUGAAGGGGAAGGAAACAAACCCCUUUAGCCCUGGAGUGGCAGAAUAGUGUUACGGACAAAAAAUGGCAAAGUUGUGGGAGAACUUCUGGGUUUGCAGAGCUGAAGAGGCCCCAUGCAUUCCAGAAAUGAGGCCAAACGCCCGAGAAUGACAUGGACGUAUUCUGCCUGUAACAGCGAGUAUGCAGAGGAAACAUUCCUUGUGGCUUCUGCUGCUACUGUAGGUUUCUGAAUAAGAAUUUUUCUAUCCUUCUGCUUGAAGAUCAUCUACAUCCUUCACCAACUAGCUAGGUGUCCUCAAGAUAUUUUCGACAACCACUCCCGUCCGCCCCAGCCAGCACAGUUGGUGGUGAAAGCUGGUUUUGUUCUGGCUUCUCUCUGCUCCCCUUCCUUUGCCAAGCAUAAGUUUAUGUGACCAUUUGUAACUUGGUGGUAGGUUGUGUGUGUGUGUGUGUUUGGGUGACUCUUCCUUGUCACAACUCUAAAACUUUCUUGUUAACUUUCUGCCACCAUGUGGUGAGGCUUAUAAUGGCAACCUUUUCAUAAUUGCCUUGUAUUGGAAUUUCUGUAUGCUUGACCUAAAGAGUUGUUGUCUUCUUGGUCCCAGAAGGGAGUAAGCCUAGAAACUCAGAAAUUGUGUUGUGUUGCAUGCAUGGUUUGCAUGUCUCUAGGUCCUGGUGGAAACUGAGGAAUUCUAAUAACCUCCCCUCUUUAAUUCCUAGUGCCCUUUUUGCUGUUGCAAAGAGCUGAACGGUGUAGAUUCCAUCAGCUGUUUGGUGUGCGUGCUGCAGCUUUUAUAACCCUGGUUAAUAGCUCCUUCAGAUUCCAUAGGGAUGAGGCAUUUGCCUCUGAAAUUUGGAAUGUUUCGAAGAACUUUCGGACUCACUUUCUUAUGGCUCAUACACAUUUAAGCAAGCAGUGUGCACACUAUCUAAUGUGGACCUGUUCUCUCCACCCCACCUGAGUCCAUGACUGCAAAUCAGAUUUAACUGUCAGCAGGCCCCCAGCUGAAACAAUAAGAUGCUAUAAAAUGUGCGUAGAGAGAACUUAACCGUUCACUUAUUAGGUUGAAAAACAAGUGUCAGAGAGCUGCCGAUUGAUUUGAUUGAUUGAUUGAUUGAUUGUAUUUCUGUGAUGAAUGAAUUUCAAAGUGGCUUACAACCAAUAAAUAACCAUAACAUAAUAAAACCUAAUAGCACAUCGCGAAUACAGCAUACAUCAUAUACAAUAAUUAACAGAUUAUCAAUAAAACAGUUGCAACAAAAAAAAAAAAAACUUAACUAAACAGCAACCAAAAAAUAAGUUAAACCUCACAGUUACGGCAAGUCAUGGGAUUAACAAAUCAAUGCAAUGUUUAGAAUCUAUAAUAAAUGAUACUAAAAACAUUAACAAAAUAGCAACUAAAACUAUAAGCUAAGCACUAAGUUCAUUCGCACAAUCUCUGCACCCCCAUGACCCCCCUUUAAAACAAAACUAUACAGCAAACCAACAAGACAGUAAUUACUAAUUGAAAUAAUAAUUGCAUUUAUACUAAAACUAAACUAAUCCCCAACAAACGUCCAUCCCGCCCACAACUGUGUAUAAAAACAAAAAGAAAAAAUGAGAAAAACAUUUAAAACACCAUGGAUUAACAAGUAUUUUAAACAUAUUAAAACAUUUUUGACAUUCUCAGAGUAGGUGUGGGCCCCACCCCCUAGGCCAGGUGGAAAUGGGCCUUGCAGCAGGGAGCUGUUUUCCUCCACUUUGACCAGCUGUCCCUCUUCAUUCAGCUGCUGCUUAUCAAUGUCAGGUUGCUGGAACAUCAUCAAUCUGCCAUUUAAUUCUGAAAGUAUCUGCACCUGCCGACCUGGCUUUUCCCCCCUGAGAGCUGGGUGGAUGAAGCUGAGAAUCCUGAAUCCACCCAGCUGGCCCCAGUCAGGUGUUUAGCUUUGAACCAGCCUAUGGAGGAAAUCUGGCCAGUACAGAAAAGACGUAGCAUUUAGUAUUUUCUCCCCUAGACCUCAUGGAGCCAUGAUUCUCUCUGGUAAGUAGUGUUCUGGAAGAAGUGUCUCCUCUGGUUAUUGAAGGAGGAUCUUCAGGGUCGAAGCUGUCCUUCAGAUCUACUUGUUCUUCCAGGUAAGAGGGCUCACGGUUCCGGCACCUCCUUAACUCACAGCGGCAGUUCACGAUGUAUUCCGCUUACGGCAGCCACACAUUUUAUUUGCGCAGUCCCCUUGGCAGGCGCACUGCAGAUUUCUCCUACUGGAUGUUCUGAGGAAUACCUGUGGAUCUUCUACUUUGACCUCAGAAUAUGAGUCUUCCUCAUCUGUGAUGAUCAUUUGCCUGUGAGUCUUAGAUUGACUGGAGUCGUAGGGGGACUCCAGGCUGUCUGGUGCAGGGGUCCACUGGCCACUGCGGAGCUUCUGGCCACUGGCAGUCUGAACAGAUGUUGGUUUUUGUUGGAGGGUUUGGAGGUCUUCAUGGAGCUCAUGGUUUUCCUUCAAAACCUCUGCUAUCUUCUUCUGCAUCUGGGUCUUCUGGCCUGCUGUUUUAGUGACGCUGCAGCUUAGUCUCCCCCCUUUUUUAAAAAAAUAAUCUUUAUUUAUUUUAAAUAUUAAGUCCCUUCACCACAAAAAGAACAGAAGAAAAAACAAAUCACCUCACAUACAAAGAAAAUAUUACAUAAAGAAUAAAGUUCUUCCAUAUAUUGAGACUUCUGUCCUACUCAAUAUGGGCCUUUGUUUCAUUGAUAACUGCAUGUUUGUAUAUCCCUUAACUUACCAUUGUUUAACCAUAUUUUUUGUAGCAUAUAACAUCGCAGAAGUUAUUCAAAGCAUAUCAAAGAAUUCAUCUGAGAACAAUGUUCUUUUACAUAUAAUCUGAAUAUAUCCCAUUCUAUGUUAAACCUUUGGUUUGACUGAUUCUCAAUUUUUCCUGUCAUCUUUACCAAUUCUACAUAUUCACAUAAUUUCACCAGCCAUUCCUGUUUAGUUGGUAUUUUAUCUCCCUCCCACCAUUUAGCUGUUAACAUUCUCACAGCAGUAGUUUCCCACAUAAAUACCUUUCUGAGUUACUUCGGGAUAUCUUCAGCAAUGAUACCCAAAAGAAAGGCGUUUGGUGUUUUUUUUUAAAUGAAAGUUAAUUUGAACAUUUUUUUAUAUAAAUAUAAAUAAUUUCCCCAAAGUUUUUUUUUUCUUUUUACAUUUUCACCACACGUGGUACAUUGUUCCCUCUGCUUCUUUGCAUCUCCAGCAAAGAUUUGAGCUGGUUUUAUACAUUUUUGUCAGCUUGCUUGGUGCAAUAUAACAUCAAUAGAACAUCUUCAUGUAAUUUUUUUUUUAAGGUAUAGCGAGCUGUAAACUUUUUAGUCAUUUCUCCAAAGUUUACCCCAGGAUGCCAUCUGAAUAUUAUAACCAAAAUCUUUAGACCACUGAAUCAUCACUGAUUCAACCUCCUCCUCUAUCACUUCCAAAUCCAAUAGCAGUCUAUACAUUUUAGAAAGUAGUUUAUUCUUAUUUUGUAGUAGAUCUUUCUCAAGUUUUGAUAUUUCAAUAGCAUACCCUUUUAUUUUAUCUAAUUUAAAUGUCAUUCAGUUGAUGGUACUGUACCCAAUUAGUUAGGUGGUUUCUAAUUUCCUCAAACUUUUUCAGUUUUAGCUGUUCUUCCUCCUCAAGUAGUUCUUUAUAAGUUGUCCAGUUUUUCCUCAUAUUCUUUUUCUUUGCUGAAAUUGCCUCUAGUGGUGAUACCCACCAGGGCAUCUUUUGCUCUAGCAGGUUUCUGUAUUUACCCCAUACCCCAUACAAUGAUCUUACUAUGCGAUUCAAAAAACCUUUAUGGACUUUGACUUUUUUGUAACACAGAUACGUGUGCCACCCAAAUCUAUUGUCAAAACCCUCCAGAUCCAACAAAUCUAUAUUUUGUAAAGUCAGUCAUGUAACCAGCAGAAGCAGGACGCCUCAUAGUAUAGCUUUAAGUCUGGCAGGGAUAAACCACUUCUGUCUUCAAUGUCUAUAAACAAUUUGUUAGAUUCUGGAUCCCCCCCCCCCGCCAGAUGAACUUUGAUAGGUCUCUUUGCCACUCCCUGAAGUGUCCCGCCCCACCGACAACCAGGAACAACUAGAACAAAAACAGCAUCCUUGGCAGAACAUUCAUUUUAGUUGCAGAUAUCCUCCCCCAAAACGAGAGAUUGUCUGCCCAAAAUCUCUUAAGUCUUUCUUUAAUCUCUUUCCACAUCUUUAGAUAAUUAUCUUUAAUAGAUUGAUAUUUUUCGCUGUAAGCCAAAUUCCUAAAUAUUUAACUUUUUUACUUGUUAUACCAGAGAUUCUUUGUAAUUCAGUUCUAUCUUGUUCUACCAUAUUUUUCACCAGCAGUUUAGUUUUGUUGUUGUUGUUGUUGAAUAUAAAGCCUGCCACCUGGCCAGAAUCACUAAUUCUUUCCGAAAUUUUGGGAGAUUCUCUUUCAGAUUUUCUGUUGUGAUUAUGAGAUAAUCUGCAAAGGCAUUUAAUUUAAAUGAUUUGUUCCCCACCAUUAUUCCUUUUAUACCUUUAUCUCCUCUUAUUCUCCUUGACAGGAUCUCCAAAACUAGUAUAAACAGUAAUGGAGACAAGGGACACCACUGUCUUGUUCCUUUCGUUAUUUUGAAACUUUGUUAUUCCAUUGUUUAUAAUUUAGCUUGCUGAUUGAGGUAAAUCGCAUUAAUUCCUUUGCUAAAAUUUUCCCAGUCCCAUUGUCUUUUUCAUGAAGUUCCAUGAGCUUUUAUCAAAUGCCUUCUCUGCAUCAACGAACAUUAAAGCCGCCUGUUUAUCAGUCCUCUCCUCCAGGUGCUCCAACAUGUCUAUUUCAAUUCUUAUGUUGUUUUUCAUUUGGCAUCCCAGAAGAAACCCCGCUUGAUCUUCAUGAAUUGUGUCCUUCAAAAUCCUUUUUAAUCUAUUUGCCAAAAUGUCCGCAAAAAGUUUAUAGUCGUUAUUUGAGAGGGAAAUCAGUCGAUAGUAUUGUACUAACAUUAGAUCCGUACCUUGCUUGGGGAUUAAUGUUAUGUAAGCAUCUUGCCAUGAUUCUGGCAAUUUACCUUUAUUUAAUAUCUCAUUCAUAACAUCCUUAAGAGGUUGUAAUAAUUGCUCUUCUAGUUUCUUAUAAUAGCUGGUAGUCUGUCCGGUCCUUGUGUUUUCCCAAGUUUCGUCUUAGAGAUUGUGAUCGAGGAGUUUAAAUGUGUGAUUUUCUCUCUGGGAAUCUUAGGGAGUGUGCUGCCAAACAUAGUAGUUCUUUCCAAGAAUAUCAGGACAAAAGGAAUGAGGAGGUGGAAAGGGAACCAAAACAGUUUUAUUAACAAAUAAACAGCAGACAUGCAAAGCAUAAAAUAAAACAUACCCGACAGGGGCUACCCAAUCUCCCCUUCAGCUGGAGCACCAGCUAGAGCAGCAGGAGAAAGACCCUGACCCUGAAAGUCUUCUAGCAUCAGGUCCUUUGAUCUGGGUAGAACCUCACCGGGCCCCUCCCCCUUUUAUAGCCUGCCUUGAUGUAAUCAAGUACGCCUGGCGUUACUCAUGAUUAGCCCAGGACCCUGUGGUGGAAUUAAUACAGAGCGGCUGAGAGUCUCCCACUACCUGCAGCCGGGCAUCCAGUCAGCACUUGCAACACAGAAGAACCCAAGAAACUCCCGACAGGUGUGUGAAACACAAGAAUCCAGCAGACCUCAAACUGGGGAUGUGAAAGGGACAUGCCACCUAACUCCUCGAAAUACAAUUGUCUUCCGCAUUUCCACUACAGGGAGGUUAUUUUGUUUUAAACAUUCUAUUUUUUCUUAAUAUUAUUCUCCUGCUUGAUAUAAAUCCCUAAAGUAAUUUACAAUUUUUUUUACUUAGCUUUUGGUUCAUUUAUAAUCCCCCCCAUCCAGUUUAUUUAUCACCUUUUCACUCUGUUUUUUCUUUAAUUGCCAGGCUAGCAUUCUCCCCGGCUUAGUAGCAAAUUCAAAGUUCCUUUGUUUUAACAUUUUAAUUUUCCAUUGAGUUUCCUGAUUCACAAGUAUGGAGUAUAGUGUUUGUAAUAUUUUAAUAUUUAGUUUUGCUGUUUCAUUUCCUGGAUUUUUAGCUAAUUCUUUUUCGUUAUCUCCUCCAAAAUUUUGAAGUGUAGGAACUCAUCAUGACAGCUGAGUCAUGCUUGGAAGGGGAGCCCAAACUCCGCAAGAUGUCUGUGGUGUUACAUACAAAGACAUCAAACAGUAUUACUUGGGAUAGCACCCAAUUUAUAAGGAUCAGCGUGACUGCUAUCCUGUGUUUAUGAUGGAAGUGAGCUCUGUUGAACUCCGUGGGGCCUCAUUUUGACAGCAUAGAUUCUAUCUGUAAAACACAUUGAGCUUUAACAAAAGAUGGUCAGCCAACCACCUUGGGGGUCUCCCGACAUUGCUGAACUACAACUCCCAUCCUCCCCAGCAAGUAUGGCCAGUGGGAGUUGUAGUUCAGCAGCGUCCAGAGGGCCGAAGGUUUCCCAGAAAAGCAAACCAUCUUGAAAAAGUAUCAUGCUGAUUUAGACGCCUCACGGGGGAGAAAAAAGGUAGAAAGUACCCAGCCUCUGCCUCUUUACUUUUCUAAUUAUUUGUCCCCUGUGCCCAUCGGACAAUUACUUGGAAGUUUCAUUUAAUACCUUGCUAGAAAGUCUCAUGCAGCACCAGAGAGAGGAGGGUGCGUCACUUGGGCAGAUGUCAUUGUUCUUGGUCUGAAGAAGGCCGUGUAUUGAUAAACAGUUGUACCCUAUCACUUGGUUCUAUUUCCAAUCGAAAGUAUGCAUCCCGGGAAGACAAGGCAGAGGAGAACUUUAUUUCCACCAGAACCAAAAGCAGAAUAGCAAGUGGAACCUGCGAAGGAAGGAGUGAGCCUGCUGCAACAUGCAUCCCACUGCAGCCUGCCAGGCAGAUUUUCCUUUCUGCCUUCGUGUCUUUCUUAUAACCAUAUGUAUUUUUUCUUUGAAAGGGAGGAGAGAUUCAAGCAGGGUGAAGGACAUUUGGAUCUGGCAAAGGGAUAAUUUUUAACAUACCUUAAAAUAAAAGGGGAGAAGGAAUUGGGGUGUGUGUGCAUGCUAAAAGAGUCCAAACCACGUGUCUUCAUUGUCCAAAUGCUCAGAUACAAAUCUUGACACCUGCAGUGCCUCAACCUCCCAAAUCGAUUCUGCAAGUUUUGUGUGUCGUAUUUGGGGCUGAGUAGCUUGGCUGUUAGAGGCAAGCGUGUCCACCUGCUUUUCAUCUCACUUCCCUGCUCAUCUCUCCUCACUCCCCCUCCUCCACAAUUAGCACCAAAUAAAUAAAUAAAUCCCCAGCUACAGAGAUGCAAGUUUGAACACCACCUUGUCUUCUAAACACUGAAAGUCUGGGAAGCUUGUUGCUUGAUGGCCAGAUCCAAGAGGCCUGAUUAACAAACCACAUAUUUAUGUGCUGCCUGCCAGCUUCGUCAAGUUAGCUCUUCAGAGACCUACGCACCUGCAGUUCCUGGACAGUAUUGUUAUGGAGUGACGGUGGCUCCGUCCCAUGUAUGAAGUCCAAAGAGCCACUUUCAGAGGCCCCCAAUUAUAGAUCUGUGUUCUCUCCACUGUACAACCUGCUUUGUUGGAGUUUUGUUACUGCUCUAAACCUUUGGUUAAACAACUGACACAUGUUGAGAAUACUGCAUUCUGAGGGAUACAUCUUGAUUUGAGCUUUCCUGUUCCAGAAGCUCUCUUCCUGCCAGAAGCUGCGGGAAAUGCUUUCCUCUUCGAUUCUCCCCUUAUUAUUCUCUGAGCAGAGUCUUACUUUCAGCUAAAGUUGUCAAACCAAGACUUGGGACCUUUCCAGGUGCCAUGCGGCGUGUAAAUAAUUUUUGAACUGUAAAUAGUAGCAUGCAAAUGAUCUGAUCCACACUGAGGAUUGCAAUUCAUCUUAAAUGUGUAUUUAUACUGAGAAGGUUGUAUGAGGUGAGUUUGCCUGUGUGUUUGAAAAACUUAAAAAGCUUUACAUAUCUAGCAGAUCAUGCCUGGAAUGCUUUAAUAUGCUGCCAUCUAGUGUCUCCCUGGUAAAACUGCAGCUUAACAAAACUAGUUAAGACUGGCCUAAAAAUAUUUUUUUGGGAUGUUUGUUCUAGAGCUGCUUUGAAUCCCCUCUUCUGCCCACUUUGUGCAGGGAUUAUAUUGUCAGCUGCGCCACAGGAGCUUUGUGUUCUGAUCCACCACCCCCAAAAUGAAUAUUUCUGCUGGUCCCGCUUACCAAAGACGCCGAAGAGAGAACAUUUUGAUGGGAAUGUUGAGGUCUCCUGAAAAUGCCUGCCCACUAAUGGCCGUAAUGCAAAGCACAAUUCAGCAGACUUGUGGGUGGGCCGGAGCUCUCUCCCAGCCAUCAUCUUGAGUGUGCAUCAUCUAUGCUUUGGUGCCAUACAAAGAGUGCUCUCCUGGAAAACGGGGACAGGAGGGGGAUAUUAUACCUUUGGGGUUGCCACUGCUUCUUUUACUGCUCUGGUCCAACAUGCCAUAAAUUCAGCUGCCACAGUUUUGCCCCCAUAGAAGCCUAUGUGCCUUGCAUGUUCCCAGCCAUGGGGAUCUUUCUGCAUUGCAGAAGCGCCGGGGACUCAGCAGCCUAAUCUAUUGGCAUGAGUGGUUUUUGAGGAUAGGUUGUGCUGCCUGAAGAGAAAAGCUCCAUUGCUUGCAAGAAAGCCUCAAGUCUUUUGAGUGCAUGAAACUUGCCUUGAUGGAACACAUGCUGUUAGGUUUCUUAAGGAGCUUAAUACCAACUCUUUAUGCUUUCUGGCACCAUAGAGUUAUCUGUCUUAAUUGUACACAGCGUCAUCAGAGCAUAUAUGUAUAUCAUGGAGGGUUCUUCCCCCCCCCCCCGCCUUGGUGGGCAGGGUAUGUCAAUGUGUAGAUCCUGAACGUGUGUUUCAGACACAGCCAUUUGCAUGGACGUCAAUGUAUUGAUGUACAGGUAGAAAAUGUUACACAGGUAUUUUCCAGUGGAUGUUGCAUUAAAUCGGGAAUGGUAACGACAAACAUCUCCUGCAGAUGGCCUGGGGUUUGUGGUUCAAUCUCCUAAUCCAGAGAAGCAGAAUUGCCAACCCCCCCUUUUUUUUGGCAUCCAAAAAAAUGAAUGCUUGCACCCAGAUUUCACUCUUAUGUGGUGGCCGUGGUGGAGGCACGUGGCAUGCAAGAUCUUCAGCUUGGGUAAGCACUGAACCUGGCCUCUUUUCUCCUGCAGUUCUGCAUCCUUAACCCAUGCCUCUCAUUGCUCGUAGAUUAUCAUGGGCAAGAAGCAGUCCACUCCAGGGUCUUACAGGGUGCCCCCAAAUUGCCUUGGCUUUGUGAGAACGUUAGGAUUGGCUUUCUAUUGACACCGUGUACUUUGAGCCGAAAUUGAUGGGAGAGAUAAAGAGUGUGUAUACUCUUGGUAAGGUGACUGCAAAAAGGCUGCAGUCCUAUGCAAUCAAGCACCAUUGACCCCCGCAGGGAUUGCAUCGGACCAGACGUGCAUAGGAUUGCACUGUUAUAAAGCUUUGUAUCCAAACCAAUGCAGGUGCUCCUUAGGGUGUGAAUGAUUAAAAUAAGCUGCACCUGCAAGCGUCUCGCCGCAUAGUCUGUGCCUAGGGAAACUGAGUCUCAAAGAAAGGUGUUCUCUCUCUAUACUAAAAAAAAACACGUCGAUUGGGCAUGGGGGAUCUGCGACUUUGUCUGGUUUUCAAACAUUAUAAAAAUGCUUGCAUCACUUCCCUAAAUCAUUGCACGUCGCAACGAAGGGCACUACUGUAAUUACCGUUGUGUUUUUUCUUUUUCUACGAAUGUAUUUUCCUGUAUUGAAAGUCUUGUAAGUCGGAAAAAAUUGAUUGUAAAAAGCCAAUUACACUUACUGAUGAUGGAAAGUAUUGUUAUAACAGAAUUGCAUGCUGGUACAGUUUGACUGAGGUUGUGUCGUCUCCUUCCCAGUUGGUCACACUUGGUCUAGAAGUGGAUAUAUUUUUGUUCAAUUGACAUUUCCCCUUCACAAUAGAAUAUAUGGUAUAUAGUACAUAGCCCAUGCGAAUUUCAGUGGAUGUAACUGGACUUAUACAUGAAGUUAACACAACCUCUUUGUGUUAGUUUUUAAGGUAUUGAAAGUGGUCUUCAUCAUGCUCUUUGUACCUUUUUUUUAAAAUAGAUGCGAUUUUUAGGAAUGUUUUAAUACAUUUAUGAUGGACAACAUAGUUUUACUAGUUGUGCAGUAUUCUGUAUUUUACUUGAAGUAAAUCAUUUUAUAUGCAAUUUGUUAGUAUAAUUACAGUUUUAUAAAUAAAAUUGAGUGACAUUUUGGGUCUACUUUUCACUCGGAUGUACAAAAAAAAAUAUGUUCUGCUCAGAGCUCUAAACCCGUUGUGUUAAAAAGGAGGAUCAGAUCAUAGUUGUUACCAGGAAAAUAAAAAUCUGUUACAAUUAA